AUGAAUGUCCUGAAGGUUUCCAUCGCAGGCCGGGGACCGGGACAGGCCAACACCUGGAGUGGAGCGGUGGCCGGCCCGCUGGCUCCUGGUGACUGUGAGCUACCCCGGCUCCACCCUCGCUCCCCGCCCCUCGGCCGUGUCAACCCUGCCGGCCUGCAGGAGAUGAUCCAGCCCCGCCCUAAAGAUAGCCAGAGGCACUGCCCCCUCUCCCUCGGGGGCCGGGGAGACCAGGGAAGGCCAGCGCCAAGCCCAGGCGGGCUCCGUCCACCUGCGGCCACGGAUGACCUCAUGGCUGCCCUGAGAGGACCCGGGCCCUCCCAGCAGCCAGGCGCCCCACGGGGAGCUCCCCCCGUGGCCUGGUCUGACUAUACCGAGGAGCCGGCCCCCCGGGGGAAGGCCUGCAGCCACCCGCUGUGGUCAGCAGGUGAGGAGGCCAAGGACGGGGCCAGCUCAGUGUCAUCUGGCCGCCUCUCUGGCUCCUCAGGGGGCCACCAGUCGUGUGCACCUCCCCAUGGGCCCUGGAAGGAGAGGCCCCCCCAGGUGCCAGGGCCCCGGCGGCAGCCCAGGGAGAGCAACCCACGGCUAGAGCAGCUGAGGGACAAGAUCCGGGCCCAGGUGCGGGGGCAGGCAAGCUGUGCCUCCCUGGGCAGCUGGACCCCCUCCAGUGCCUCACGGCUCUACAAAGGCUCCACGCCAGCCCCCCGGAGGAAGGCCCGAAAGCUGAUGAACCCCCCUCCAGCCCCGGCCUGCCCAGUGCUCCCUCGUUAUCACUCUGCUCCAGGCUUAGGCGUCCUGAGUGCAACUGAGCACAGAGUCAAAGACAAGGCCAUCCCUGGCCAGGACCGUGAGCCCUCCAGAGUCUCCCAGAGCCAGGCUUCAGUUCCACGGGAAAAAACCAGAAGGAUGAAAGGUAGUUCUUGCAAAAGAGAGAAGGCCCCCAAGUCUCCCACCCCUAGAAGAGCCGCCAAAGACAAAGUCUGCUGCUACACGAGUGUUGCCGUGUCUGAAACGGUCCAUGAAGGCAGGCGGCCCGGAAUGUGUGUGGUUGAAGACAUGUCUGCUUUUCUGUUACACGGCAUUGCUUACCGAGUGUUCCUGUUUGCUGCCUUCAGCAGCGGGGAGUCUGGUCGAGGGCUGGCUGAGGGUGCAGCUCUGCCCCAGAGGGGCCUGGAUACUAGGGAUGUCACCCCGAGCCCCCCAGGAGCAUGUGAAUUGGUCUCCUGGGGCUCCAUGAGGUGCCAACCUCCUCAUCUGGGCUGGCGUUCGGAGAGCCCUGGACUCCCAGCUCUUGGGUGUGUUUUCUCUGUUCAAGACUCUGAGUUGGUUGGUGUUUCCGCCUGGAGAAAAGGACCAGCCCUGGUGAGGGUGCUGCUCGGGCCCCCUCCCGUCAUCCCCAGGCUCCAGAGCAAGGCGCCCUCGGGAGACCCGGCCCCCGCCGCAGAAUUAGGAGAUAGCAAGACAGUACGAGCUGCUGAGAGCUCCCCUCUCCUCCCCCGCGCACCCAGUCCAGCCUCUGUCUGCAGUGGCCCGCAGGUGACUGUCAACACGCCCAACCUGCCUUCCUGCCAUCAGCCCAUGACCAUCCACACUGCUACGGCCAUCCUUCGAGACCUCCGCCAGCAACUGCAGGUUGGGCUGGAGUUGGCCCGGGACCACCACCCCAGGGCCGGGCUGGAGCUCGGGCCCUCAAAGCUGCGGCUGAAGGACCUGGCUGGGAGGAGGCAGCAGGGCCCCUGGAGCACUCCAGCCGUGCAGGGCUCCUUCUCGAAGAGUCCUUGGGCCACAGUAGGGGGGCAGCCCUCCUUCCAGAGGGCUGGGAGCUUCCCUACCGGGCAGCGCUGGAGCGCCCCGGCCCGGCAGGCCUCCUGUCCACAGAGGGCCUGGGCGGCCCAAGGACGGGACCUCUCCUUCCAGCGGCCUGGGAGCCCCUCUGAAAGAUUGGGCCCCUUCCCGCAGCGGCCGUGGAGCGCCUCGGCCCGGCAGGCCUCCUGUCCCCAGAGGGCCUGGGCCACUCGUGAAUACUGGGAGGCCGCUGCCCGAGGACCACGGAGCCUUCUGGAAAGGGCAAGCCCUCCCGCCCAGUGGCCCUGGAGCGCUUCCUUCACACAGAGGACCGGCACCCCCUGCAAAGGCCGGGGCUCCCUCCUGCCGCCCUCGGGAGCGAAGCUUGCCUGGCUGCCUGCCCGCAGUGCCUCUCGGAACACACCCGGGAAGGAGAACGAGGGGCGGGCACCGCUGCCCUGCCCGAAGCCCCGGGGGCCCCUGGGCCACCCCUACAGCUCCGAGUCCUUGAGGGACUUCAUGCGCCAGAAGACGCGGGCCAGGCGGCAGCAGGCCCUGCAGGAGAAGGCCUCGGCUGUGCGGGCGCUGGAGCAGAGGAGGCAGAGGCUGCAGGCGGUCUACAGGAAGCAGCGGGAGGCCGUCCUGCGCAAAGCCGUCCCUGUGGUCUCCCAGACGACCCCUGGCAUCGUGACCUUUGUCCCGCAUGCUGCACAGUCCAGGGCCCUGGAAGCCCCUGGGAGCCUGCGGUCGCCCGUGCUGGAGUGGAGCAAGGUGACCUCUGGCAUGGUGCUGGGGGACCAGGAGGCCCCGGGCAGCUUCUGCCUGUGUUUGAACAGAGCCCUGCACCACGCUGAGACUCUGGGGACGGGAGGCCCCCAAAAUGGCUGGGGUGGUGGCCCCCUGCUGAUGGGCCCCCUGAAGCUCCAGGACCUGACCACCCGCUACCCGCGCCCGGAGCUGUGCAUCUACCUGGACCCCGAGGAGGCCGAGCGCCUCGGCACGCCGGGCCCCCUGCACUUCCGGUACAAGCAGGCCCGGCUGCAGGCCCUGGAGACCAUGGCCAACGUCCUGAAGCAGCGGAUCGACAUCCUGACCGCGAAGCUGCAGGAGUCCGAGGCAGUGGGCACCCUCGGGGACCCGGUCUCAGACCUGCCACCCUCCUGCCCCAGCACCGAGCCUGCUGCCCCCACGCCCGCAGCCCCAGCCUGCCCUGGAGACUGGAUGCCCAGCGGGGGCAGGGGGGCGCCCCGGGACUGGGAGGACAUGCAGGCCAGGCCGCUUCUCUCUCCCACCCGCCUCCCGGACGACGAGACGCUGCCGUGGAGCCCUGGCUGGGAGUGGCAGCAGAGCGGGAGCCUGAGGGGCCACCAAGCCAGCAAGCCCCAAGGUUUCAUGGAGGACGGGCAUUCGGAGCUGGACAAGAGGCUGGCGAGAAACGCGGCAUCCUGCCAGACCCUCGGCUCCUUCACAGGGAGCUCACGAGGAGUGCCAGCCACACUGGACCCCACCUGCGGCUCCCUGCGGCCGGAGAUGCCAUGGGCCAGAGGGGCGGGCUUGGUCACGCCCUGGACUGUCCGGAGCUGCGGUCAGUGGGAGCCUGGCGGGCUGCGUUCGGGUCACCUGGCUGCCAUCCAGCAGAAGUCUCUGAGCUUCCUCGAGUCACUGAAGCUGGCCCAGCAGAAGCAGGAGCGGGCACUGGCCCUUCUGCGGCAGCGCACAGAGCUGGAGGUCUGGGAGACGCAGAAGGCCCUGGACGAGCUGCUGUUCAGACGCCAGCUGCAGCGGCUCAUGGAGAAACACUCCACCCGGGCCAGGUCCAAAACGGCUUCAGAGCCUGAGCGGCUGCAGGUGUGUGGGAACCCGGAGCUGAUGACCUCUCGGAGCACCGUGACAGCCAGACCCAGAUCACACCCACCCCUGGGCGGAGACACUGCUGUGCCCUCCCCAGGUCCCCAGGAAGGACAAGAGAGUCAGGCGGAGGGAUCAGCUUCUGCAGGUGAGAGUGGCCUGAAAACACCCACACACCAGGCGCUUAACCCCGUGCCUGCCGGGAGGCAGAGUGCCUUCCCUGCAUGGACCCCGAGGGGGCAACUGAGUCAGGCUCACAACGGAGAGGCCCAGAAGGGCGCCUCAGCUCCUCCAGCCCGCUCCCAGCAGACCUCCAGGGUGGCCGUCACCAUCCCCCCGAAGCCCUGGUGCUUUCUGUCCUCAGAGCCCGUGCAGGAAGGGAGGCCAGACCAAGCCCCUGCCCAGGUGCCCCUGGCCAGGCUCCACCCUUGGGACAACUCCACCCACCAGACGCUCGAGCAGAGCCUGCGGGAGAAGGAGCUGCGCGCGCAGCACCAGGCCAGGCUGCUGCGCCUGCGCGAGAAGGCGCUCGAGGAGAAGAUGCGCGCCGAGCUGGCCUGGCUGGAGCAUCAGCGAGGGUGUCUGGGCAGCAAAGGGGAUGACGCUGCGCUGGUGGCCUUGGUGGAGAAGCAACAGCAGGCCCUCAGCACCCUUGAGCAGGAGCAGAGGGAAAUCCAGUACCUGAGGGACGUUCACUUGUUCUUGCACCAGGAGAGGAAACUGCUCCUGCGGCAUCAGAGGGAUCUCCUCUCCACGCAGGGGUCCGUGGCUUCCCUGCAGCAGGAGCUUCCGGCCCGGACCAGGCCACCUCGGAGCUCCAGCCCUGAAGUCGAGGCUGCCCGGGCAGAGGGCUCUGAGACAAGCCAGCAGCUGGAGGGGCCUGCGCAGGGCUCCUCGUGCCCCCCGACACCACACAGGACUGGCAGCCCCACGAGCCACGCCCCACGGGGAAGUCCCGAGAGCCCACGAGGCCCACACCUUCUCACUGGGCAGCAGGACGGGACACCCCCCUGGGCAACUUUGGCAGCAGACUGUCACCUACAGCCUCCGAGGCCGGCAUGGGGAGAGGACACUCCCAAGGCUGGCAGCUGGUCUGACGCUGGAGGCGGGCUGGUGGAGAGCCACAGCCAUAUGGGCCAAGAGCCUGGGGAGCAGCCUUGUGUCCCCCUACCCAGCCUUCAGCAGGCGACCUCCCUGGAUGUUGGACGGCCCCUCGGCCCAGCCUCACCUACGCAGAUGGGCGAGGUGGAGGGGUGUGUCUCUGCAGCUCAGCUCUGGUUCCAGCAGGCGAAGGAGCCGCCCCCGGAUAAGUCCCCUGGGAACGGAGACCCCCAGACCAACCCCAGCCCCUCGUCAGCAGAGGAGAAGACCUGGCUUCUGAUGGAAAGCCAUGCACGGAGCUUCCAGGGCCGGAGCCCCCACUCCCUGGCCGGAGAGGGUCCCUGCAGCCCCCGGGAAGCCAGCUGUUUCCAGCAGGUGGUUGGAGGCAGCACGAGCCAAGCGGGGUCGGAAUUGGGGCUGGGUUUUGCCAGCAGCCCCACAGGGGAGCCCCACGAGACGGAAAGCUGGUCAGGGGAGCGGAGGAUAGAGACCUGUUGGCAGGAGGACCCCCACGACCCCUUCUCCUGGCAGGAAGCUGCCCAGCUGACCGCCUCUCCAGCUCCUGCAGCAGCUGAGGAGAUGGCACCAUGCGCCCAGCACGAGGGCAGCCCCCUGCCCUGGCUCACAGCCCCCUUGGACCUGGGCUCCGCGUCCGAGUCUGCUCCCGGGACCUGCUCAGGGUCUUCGGCCUCGUCCUCUGGGAGCGGCCUGUCGCGUCCCUCUCUCCAGGAGUUUCAGAAAGCCUCUGCCAUCCUGGUCCAGCUUUCCCAGAGCUCCAUCUCCCUGUCGGACUGGGAAGCCGGGGACACCCCAGAUGCAGACCGUGGCUGGUCUGGGGAGUUAUCUGCGGGAGACUCCUGGGUGUUCCACCAGGGCGGAGGGCAGGUGACCUGGGAGAGGCUGGAGGGCAGCAGGGCCGGUCCCCUGUGCAGCUCCUCGCCUGUGUCAGGAGGCCCAGAACCAGUGCGAGGCCUUCUGCAGGCAGGCUGGCCACUGCCUCUCCCCGAUGCCCCCUCUCCGAGGUCAGGGUCGGAGCUGUCAGCGGCGUCCAGCGAGGUCUGGGACGAAGAGAACCUGCCAGAGCCUGGCGCUGGUGCCGAGAUAGCCUCAGGGUGCUCCUUGCCUGCAGGAGGCUCCUCCGACCUGGAAAGCAGCGAGGCACCUGGAGGGGCACUUCCUUCCUUGGGCCCUGGGGAGGGGCAGGAAGCUUCUGGAACCAGUGGGAGCCUGACCAGUGGAUCGAAUACAGGAAAAGCCAAGUGGACGUCCCCUAAGGCUGCCUGCAUGGCAUUUCCAUCCCAAACCUCUUCCUCCAGUGACUUAGACCCUUCCCUUUCCAUUCCCUUGAGGACCUUGGCAUCUGAAGGGGUGGAUUUCAGCAAAGGAGGAGAGACUGGGCCUCCGCAGGCCUUGGCUGGCUGCCCAGAGGGGCCCCAGGAUGCUGACCUGAGUUCAUCCACCGACAGGAAACCUCUACAGGCCUCACCUGAGCCUGAGGUCCCUGUGAGCCCGCAGGCUCCUCCUGGGGACCCCAGUGGGCUGGCAGCUCCAGCAGCUAAGAGCCGGGUGCCUGGGUGUGGGGGCAGCGGAAGCCCCUCUGUCCCGGAGGAAGCCCACUCCCCCCUGGCUGGCUGUGUCUUGCCUGAGAUCCUGUCCCCUGUCAAUGAGGUGCUGUCCUGUGGCAGUGCCACCCUCUCUUCCUCCACCCACUGGGACGCCCACCUCCCUCCCCUGCCUCACAUCUUCCCAGCAGACAGUGAGGCCGACGCCGACAGCCUCCACUCAGAGGACUUCCCUGCCCCGCCCGAAGACGCCACAUGUCCAGGGGGCUGGCUGGGCCCCCAGGGGGAGGACGCCUCCCUCAACGCUGGCAAGUUGCCCUCCUUGUCCGGGGAGGGCCUGCCCGAGGCACUGUCCCCGGGGCCCCAGGAGUCGAGGCUCUGCCUGGGGGCAGCUGGACAGGGCAGAAGCCUUGGGGAUGAAUUGGGUAAAUCAUGUUCUGUUGUGGGGGACCAGGCUGUGGGCGGCCAGUGGUCUGAGCCGGUCAGCUGGCCAGGAUCCUCCAUGUGCAGGGGGACAGGCGAUGCCCCAGGGGGACUCCCAAGGCUGUCAGCGCAGUCCCCAACCCUGUCCAGAGUGGCCUGGAUGGUGGGGGAGGGGCUGCCAAUGCUGUUGGCGGCAGGUGACACAGGGCUGUCUGGCACUGGGCAGGGGGACCCUGCUCCCUCUUUGGGUGCAGGCCUCUGCGUGGAUCUCCUGGGUGUGGAGAGAGCCGAGGUGGUGGAUUUGGUCUCCACCCAGCUCACCAGAAGGAUCCUGUGCGAUUCACUAGCUGUGCUGUCAGAGCUGGCCCAGCCGGGCAGCCCACUGACAGAGGAGCUGGCGGGUGCCAGCCGUGUUCCCGAGGCUCACACAGCAGCCACUGGGCAGUCUUGGGGAAGACAGGACUUCUGAGGAGAUGGUGGAGGGCCUACGGUGAUGCACAGACCUGUGUCAUCGUCUGAGAUAUCGUUGUAGGAUUGUGCGUGCGUGCGUGCUGGAGGCUUUGGGAAGCCUGGACUUGGCCAGGGCAGAGCAGCUGUGCGGAAUCGCCACCCCGAGGCUGGCUGUGCAGGUGGUCAUCUGAUGCAGGGCCAAAGACUGGAUGGUGACCCCUUGCCAUCAACUGCAGAUGGGCUCCGUCUGUGUUUUUCUGGGCAUUGGGUUCACUGUUUCCAUCAGGGUCCUGAGGAGGUCCCUGAUAGACGAGACUAAGAGGCAGGAAGGUAUAGGGUUGUGUGGGGCGUGUCGGGAGGCUGGCUGGCCAAGAGAAGGUGUGGAGCUCAGGGACUUGAGGGAGAACAGUCCCGGGGAGCCGAGAGGGGGAGCCGCUCCCGAGGGCGAACUUGGCAGCGGGCCGCAGAGACCACUUGCCAGGACAGCUGCCAGUAACAAAGCCAAGAGAGGAAGAAAGAGCGGCUUUGGGGAGACACAGAAGCAAGGGGUU